AUGGACUUCUAUCGCGCUCUUUGUUAUUUUCGUGUUCGACUGUUGGAAACUGGCGCCAGUAUAAAAUUAAAGUCUGAUUUGUUGAUUUUAACACUUUACGUCAUAUUAUUUUUAUCUGGAGUGAAAAUGUUUUCAAAUAACCUUUUUUUGUCAGUUUUGUGUUCCUUUUGUGUGUUUUUUCAAAUAUAUUUAAUUGACUCUGCUGCUUCAUCGUUAUCAGCAUCCGGGCGACGAAAAAAACAAUCAAAUCCAACAAAAUAUAUUGAACAUGAUCAAUCUGAUCCACAUCAUCUACUAACUAAAGCCAUAUCGAAACAAACUGAUCUAUGUCCACAACAGUCAUCAAAGGAGCCCGAAGAAGGUAAAAUCAGGAGACCAAAUGUUGAUCGUCGUCCAUUCGAGGAUGAUUCGAACGAUAGUGAUGUUGGUUUAACAGAGGUUCAAAUUGAAGCAAAAGAAGAGCGAAAACAACGUUUAUUAUCUCAAUUACGUCGUGAUGUUCAACCAGUUUCAAGUGAAUCGAUCACAAACCCAAAACGAGAACGAGACAAAAAGAUUGAUAGUGCCGACGGGGGCCCAGUGCGACGGCCACAUCCAAAAAAACGUAAAAUGUCUGCAUAUAAGAAAGCUGAAAAUUUUGAUCGCGUAUGGUCUGCACAUAUGAGCGGUGAUCGUAGUCGAUUGCCGCCAAUACCUUAUACAGCCACAGCAGUAUCCGCCGAUACUGAUCAAGAAGCUCUAGCGGCAAUGGCAUUACAAGAAAAAAUAAAUAAAUAUUGA